AUGCUUAUUAUCAAUACUAAUUCUAGUUCAAGGCAAGGUGAUGAUGAUGAUCAAGUAUUGUACCAAAGGGUAGUUCUUGAAUACAAUGGUGUUUUGAGGCACUAUGUUUACUACAACAAUGAGAGUAAUUCAUCAGUAACUCUCCUACCUCAAAAUAUUUGUGUAGAUAUUACAGAUCAAGAUGGACCAGGAGCCUGCGGUUUCAACAGCUACUGCAGCCUUGGAGAUGACCGCAGACCAAAGUGUGGUUGUCCAAAUGGUUACACAUUGAUUGAUUCCAACGACGAGAACAGAGGAUGCAAGAGAAGCUUUGAGGCUCAAAGUUGUGGUGGUGAAGCAGGUGAAUAUGAAAAUGAAAAUGAUGAUAAUGGUUUUGAGUUUAUAAGCAUGGAAAACACAUUCUGGCCUAAGUCGAAUUACGAUCACUUUCAACAGGUGAAUGAGGAGUGGUGCAAGAAGGUGGCUUGCCUUGGUGACUGUUUCUGUGCCGUUGCAUAUUUCAAAAAUGGUGAGUGUUGGAAGCUGAAAGUUCCUCUUGUUAAUGGGAGGAGAGAUCCCAUUGUUGGUGGCAAAGCACACAUCAAAAUAAGAAAGGAUUCUACUAGUAAUGGAAAAGGUUUGAAAAAGAAUAAACAUGAUAAUAAUGAUUCAAAACUCAUACUCAUUGGAUCUGUUUUCUUAAGUGGCUCAGUGUUUAUGAAUGUACUUCUUUUGUUAGCAACUUGUUUUGUUAUUUUUCGAUUCAAACAGAAGACGAAAGCAAUUGUUCCACCGAAAUUCGAAGCCAUCAAGGGAAAGAGCUUAAGAAGCUUCAGUUAUGAGGAGCUAGAGAAAGCAACCAAUAAGUUCAGUGAGCAACUAGGAAGUGGUGCUUUUGGUACUGUUUUCAAAGGAGUUAUAAGCAUUAAUGGUUAUAGUAACUGUAUUGCUAUUAAGAAGUUGGACAAAAUAGACAUGGCAAGAGAAGCAUCAGGUGAGCAGGAGUUCAAGGCAGAAGUAAGUGCCAUUGGUCGUACGAAUCAUAAGAAUUUGGUUCAGCUAAUUGGGCUCUGCAAUGAAGGGCAACACCGAUUACUCGUCUAUGAAUUCAUGAGCAAUGGUUCUGUAGCGAGCUUUGUUUUUAGACCAUCUCCAAGGCCAAGCUGGCACCACAGAACACAAAUUGGUUUAGACAUAGCAAUGGGGCUUUGUUACUUACAUGAAGAGUGUAGUACACAGAUCAUACAUUGUGAUAUUAAACCUCAAAACAUCCUCCUAGAUGACUCAUUUACAGCAAGAAUAUCUGAUUUUGGAUUAGCUAAGAUUUUGACAAAGAAUCAGACUCAAACAAAGACUGGAAUAAGAGGAAGCAGAGGGUAUAGUGUUAUUGGAAUUGAUUUGUUGUAGGAGGAACUUUGAAUUUAAGGUAGAAGAAGAAAAUGAAAUGAUACUGUGUGAUUGGGUUUAUGAUUGCUAUAAAGAUGGGAAAAUGGAUAUGGUUUUGGUGAAUGAUGAAGAAGCCUUGGGUGACAUGAACAGAGUAGAGAGGUUUGUAAUGGUUGCAUUGUGGUGUAUUCAAGAGAAUCCAUUGUUGAGACCCACCAUCAAAAAAGUUAUUCAUAUGCUUGAAGGAAUCAUUCAAAUUUCUAUUCCUCCCAACCCCUCUUCAUUUACUAAUGUUAAUUAAUUAUUCAACUUUUAUAGUAAUGUCGUAACAA